AUGUACACAUUCAGCCUUCUCUGCCUGACCGCAUCAAGUGCCUUCGCGGCCCUGAGCUCCACAGGCGAACCGAUCAAACUCGCUGGUCUAAAAAAGCCCGACCUUGCAGCAACUAGCCUCAACUCCCUUUUCGCUCGACAGACAUACGAAUGCCCUUUUUCGUCGACCGCUUGCAGCGAUGGAAUGACCUGCUGCGCAUUAGCAACAACAUGCUGUCUCGACGGUUGCUGCCAAUCUCAGUACUCCUGUGAUCCAAACGGCGAAGGUACCCCAGUCCAGCCUUGCGUCUGCUUUGGAUUUGGAUGUCCGGAUCCUGAAAAUGAUGGGAGUGAGAGCUCGUCCACUUCUACUCGUUCGAGUCGUUCGACUACCGCUGCGGCCGCGACAACUUCCACGACCAGCGAAGAUUCCACUACGWCGCAGAACCUUUCCAGUUCUGAGACCACCUCUGCUGAAACGACCAGUUCGGCGGAAGACUCAAGCGCUACAUCGGCUUCGGGCAAUUCGGCGGAGAAUACGUCGACCCAGCCGGCCUCUGGUGAUGCACCCACGGACUCACCAAGUGCUGGAGGUGGCGGUGGAGGUCUCACCGGCGCAGGCGUCCAGAUCUCGAGCAUGAGCGUUGUCGCCGUCAUGUUGGUCGCUGGAAGCAUUGGAGUCGCGGCCGUGGCUUUGUAG